CCAGUUACAUUUUUGGAAAAGAAUUCUAAUAAGUGUACGCGCGUACAGUCCAUGGUUCCGUGGUUCCAAACUCGGGACACAACUGUAAUUGGGGGGUCCACAAAAUCAUGUGCAAUAAAUUAUGUGCAAAUGUACAUGUGGCGACUGGCAACCCAAUAAAGCAAAAACAAUUAUUCCCUAUCUUUGUUUAGGUCAAUUAAAAGUUCUAAUUGGAUUUUUAUUCAUUGCAUACAGGGAAGCUGACAUCACAUUUCCUUCCUAUUAAACGGGAAUAUUUAGGUUGAAACGUUCAAAAAAUAUGACCCAUGGUCAUUAUGUUUAAUUGGUGUUAGAUUAUGAAUGCAUCAUCCCCCCUUUAAGGGGGUUGAGACCCCCUGGAGUUGGUCCCCCUGCACUAAUGCAGCCAAGUCUAAUAGCUGUAAGAUACUUCCAAAUGUUCCUUAUUGUGCUUGAAAAACAGCACUGCGGCUUAUUUCUGUUACAUGAGAAGCUCAAAGUAGACUUUGACAGCUCUCAGCAUGAUUCAGCGCACUUCCGCACCACUUAGUCUGCUCCUAAUGGCCGCGUAAAGACGGAAGACGGCGUUGAGUGGAAAGUUGAAAGCAAAGAAUGGAGACAGACGGAGCGAAAGAAGGGAUGACAGGGGAUCAGAGGAGGGGGGAGGGGCAAGAAGCAAGACAAUCUGAUUGACCUCUCUGGCUAAUCGACUUUGUGUGUGUGUGCGUGUGUGUGUUGACAUCAUCCCCGAGCACAUGGUGAGGUCGUCGCUGGUGAGCGGUGGGACGCAAGCGGGCAACAUGGUCCCCAGACUGGCUUUCUACCUUCACCUCAGCCGACGGACGGGCCACUACAGCGUCCAGCAGAACCACAGCGCCCUUCCUGGGGACAGUCCCAGCGUGGAGAGCCAGUGUCCCAGGCCCUCCGUGUGCUCCAAUCCUGGCUCUAGCCCCAGACACAGUCCCAAGACCAGGCUGCGACCGCGGCCGCCAUGUCAGCGCUGCAACUCCCAGGACUCUCUGGAUGAGCUGCAGAUGGAUGACUACUGGAAGGAGGUGGAGAACAUCAGUCGCUCGGCAGAGAAGGGGGGAAGUGAGGGCGGAAAUGACGAAGAGGAUCAGCAGAAACCCCCCGACGAGGGGGAGCAGGAGGAAGCGUGGCUCACGGAGGCGGGACUAGUGCGGCUGUUUGAUGGUUCGCUUGGAGCUGACCAGGAACAGGAAGAGGACAGUGCCGCGUUCCUGUCCACGCUCACCCGAGCGCAGGUGGCAGCGGUGGAGCGGCGUGUGACCUCGCUACAGCAGACGCUGCGGCGGCGCAACCGGCAGCACCUGCCUGACGUCCGGGAUAUAUUUAGACUGCCUGAAAAGGACAAAGAGCCAUGUGAGGUCCGAGGGGGAAGUGAGAACGCAGCAAGUGACGCCAGCUCAGCCGAACCGGAGACGGUCAUGAACGUGGACGUGGCGUUCUCGGAGCAAGCGCUCACUUACAGGGACAACCAGCCUCACCUCGCCGCCCAAACGAGUCCUAACUCGCCCGAUGAUAAGUUACCGAACUUCAGGCUAUUGAGAGAUAAAACUGGUCAGACCAGAGUUGGACAUCUGUCUCCGCUGGAUAUGAAAAAGGUCCGACGGCUCGCUCUGGUGGAGAUGACGGCUCUUUUCGACACGGGUGGCAUCGAACUGAAAGCGCACAAGCCUGGCAAAUCGAAGAUAAAAGAAAGCGGUUUGUUUGGGGUUCCCCUCGUCACUUUACUGGACCAGGACCAGAGGAGGGCAGCCGGGACCAAAGUGCCUUUUGUCCUGCAGAGGCUUAUCGGUCAUAUCGAGGAGGAAGGACUCGACACAGAGGGCCUGCUCAGGAUCCCCGGCGCCGCCACAAGAGUCAAGUCUCUGUGCCAGGAGCUGGAGUCCUGCUUCUACGACGGCACGUUCCCGUGGCAACAGCUGAAGCAGCACGACGCGGCCAGCCUCCUGAAGCUGUUCAUCAGGGAGCUGCCGCACUCGAUGCUGACCGUCGAGUACCUCAACGCCUUCGUCGCCGUCAACAAGCUGCCCACAAAGAAACAGCAGCUGCAAGCUUUGAACCUGCUGGUUCUCUUGCUGCCUGAAGCCAAUCGGGAUAGUUUGAAGGCCCUCGUGGAGUUCUUCCAGCGCGUGAUCGAGCACCAGGCCAAGAACAAAAUGACCCUGAACAACGUCUCGGUCGUCAUGGCGCCCAACAUCUUCAUGUUCAAGGGCUGCCGUUCAAAGGUCACCGAGCAGCAGGAGUUCUCCAUGGCGACCGGCACCGCCAACAUCGUGCGGCUCCUCAUUAGAUACCAGAACCUCCUGUGGACCAUCCCCAAGUUCAUCCUAACGCAGGUCCGACAGCAAAACAUGGAGAGCCAGCGCAAGCAGAACAAAGAGCGAGCCAUGCGAAAGCUGCUGAAGAAGAUCACCACAGACAAGCUGCCAGAGCGAGCCGCUCCUGAGGAGAGCUCGCACGGAUUCAUCCGCGUGCAAGCGCCGCAGUUCAGCAAAGUGUCCAUGGCCCUCCAGCUCACCGAGGACCUGCAGGCGGCCGACGUGCUGACGCGCUUUCUCAGCCAGGACAGUUGUGUGGCAGUGAAGCAAGAGGACUUGUGUCUCUAUGAGAUUGGUGGAAACAUCAAGGAAAGGUGUCUGGACGGGGAAACCUUCAUGAAGGACCUCUUCCAGCUCAACCCAACGGCCGAGUGGGUCAUCAAAACGGCGCAGUGAUUGGCCGACGCCGCAAGCUGCAGGAGGUUCUGGAACCAGUCCAGUCAUCCGCUACCUGCUCAUUGGAUUGGAAAAUUCUGAAUCCCGACCCGAAGCCUUUAAACCACUUGAAGUGUUCAUAACGCGUGCAUAUAUUUGAGAAAUGACAGUUUGCUAAAAUCCCGUGAAAUAGGUUCAUUUAAGCAUCAUCAUAACCACUAAUUGCGCUCUUCUUUAGCUGGAUGGUACUCACAAACUUGUGGAUGUCCUGUGUGUGUGUUUGAGGCUAUGAAUUGCACGACCUCAUCAGCAGCACUGAGCUUGAAACAUUCCACACGCCCUCAUAAUCUCAUUAUAAUCAUAAUAAUCAUAAUAAUAAUCCCUGCCCGUUACGCUGCUGCCUUCUUGGGACUGCAUAUAAAGUGGCCGCGUGGCAGUGCAAGUUACAUUUCCUGUCCCACUGGGAUUGUUUCGAGUUUGAAGCUUUGGCGUUCACAGUGAUGCAACGAAGCCUUUUGUCAUUUCAUUUCCUGUGAUUACAAGUUAUUGAUCUUUUUCUUGUACCUGAUUUUCAAAUGACCACUACUGCAUGUAAAUAAACAGUUGUCAAGUGCAAUGUC